CCGAUGUCCUCACUGCGGGAGAAUAUGCGGGUCAAGAAUCGGUCUCUUCAGUCACCUAAGAACACACGCCCAAGAUACCAAGGUUGGAAGACUAUCGUCCUCGAACGACGAGGGAUCGCCUAAGUAAGUAAGAAGAAGCCUCCUGGAAUGUUAUCAACUCUUAAACUUGUCUGGGGAUCUGCCACAGUAGGCGGAAAGACCCCAGAAAAAAGCAGGCUGCAAGGUUUGAUUUGCCCCACUGAAAAUGGCCACGAUCAGUACAGAGGUCCAGACCAAGUCAGAACAAGGAACAUCGAUGGAAGUGGAAGAGAUCAACGGCCUCAAAUUGGAGGAAAAAGUUGGGAAUGACCCCCACGUUGCUGCGGCUGGAAGAAUUGAGGACUUUCCACUGAACACUUCCAACAUGGAGGUGAAAUGUGAACAACUGGAUUGUUUAUGGGGAGAGAGCCAUUGGCAGGAAUUCCCAAAGACAUUGGACUAUACCAGCUCUGAUGUCACGAAGCCAGAAACAAUGGGGUCUUCAUGCCAAAUUGGGGCCCAAGCCUCUCCAUUUGUCUUCACAUCCAAGGUGGAAGAAGAUCAGGAGACCCAAACCAAGUUGGGUGCCUCUGGAGCAUCUCAAGAAGUCUCCAAAGGGCUGACUCCACCAGUUGAAGACCAGUCCGAGGAUGCGGUGGUCUUGGAGAUCCAGCGCCAGAACUUCCGCCAGUUCCGCUUCCAGGAGGCUGCUGGGCCCCGUGAGGUCUGUAGCCGGCUCUGGUUCCUCGGCUGCCGGUGGCUGAAGCCGGAGAGGCACUCCAAGGAGCAGAUCCUGGAGCUGCUGAUCCUGGAGCAGUUCCUGGCCAUCUUGCCUCCAGAGAUCCAGAACCGGGUCACAGAGGGCUGCCCGAAGACCUGCGCCCAGGCAGUCGCCCUGGCUGAGGGGCUUCCGCAGAAGAAGCAGAGACCUGAGAGGCAAGAGCAAGAGGGGCUGGUUAAAGAGAGAGACACGACUUUCCCUGCGGCCAAACAGAUUCUAUUGGACUGUAAGCAGAAUUGGAUGUUCCCAGAGAGUGAUGCCUGUGUAGCUGAUUCUUCGAGCGAAAAUCUUAUGUGUACAAAUGAGAUAGAGCAGCGAAAAGGAAUUGAAGGAAGAGGAGCACCAAAUGGGAUGGAGACGGGCAUCCCAGAAGAGGUGCCUUCACAGCGUUCUGGUCCAGAAGAUUUUUCCAAUGGCUGGCAGGGAUCUAUUGAACUUCAAAGAAGUUCUCCAGAGGAGAAAAUAGGAGAAUCCCUUCCUUUCGAAGGCGACAAGGCUCUUGUUGAUGCAUCGAGUCAAAAAGAGGUCCCGGCAGUGAAGAGGGAAGGUGCGAGUGCUGCCGACAAGAGCAACUUUCCAGACAACUCGGAGAUCAUUGAGGUUCAAGUGACGCACACUGGCAGCCUGCCCUAUAAGUGCUUGGACUGUGGGAAGAGCUUCAAUUACAGCACCAGCCUCGUCCGGCACCAGAGGAUCCACACCGGGGAGAAGCCGUACAAGUGCUUGGACUGCGGAAAGUGUUUCUGCCAAAGUUCGGGCCUCUCCAUCCACCAGAGGAUCCACGCUGGGGAGAAAGCCUACCAGUGUUUGGACUGCGGGAAGAGUUUCCGGGUGAAGUCGCACCUCAUCCGGCACUCCAUCAUCCACAAAGGGGAGAAGCCGCACAAAUGCCCGGAGUGCGGAGUGGGUUUCUGCGAAAGGUCGGAGCUUCGCAUCCACCAGAGAAUCCACACGGGAGAGAAACCUUACAGCUGCGGCGACUGCGGGAAAAACUUCUGCCGGAAGGCCGACCUCACUCUUCACCGGAGGAUUCACACGGGAGAGAUGCCGUACACUUGCGUGCAGUGCGGGAAGGGCUUCCGGUGGAGCUCCAACCUCAUCACGCACCAGAAAACCCACACGGGCGUCAAGCCUUUCGGGUGCACCGAGUGCGGGAAGAGCUACUACUCCAACAUGAGCCUCGUCCGGCACCAGAGGGUCCACACGGGCGGCACGCCGUACAUCUGCUCCGACUGCGGGAAGAGCUUUUGCGACAGCACCAGCCUCACCAGGCACCAGAAAAUCCACACCGGGGAGAAACCCUACGUCUGCAUGGACUGCGGGAAGAGUUUCAACCGGAACUCGAAUCUCAUUUCGCACCAGAGGACCCACACGGGCGUCAAGCCCUUCCUGUGCUCGGACUGCGGCAAGAACUUCAGGUCCAAGUCGGAGCUUCACAGACACUACACGGCUCACGGAGGAGAGAAAAGUGGAAAAAGCCCAACCGGGUCUGAGCCAAAGCCUCCUGCGUGUGAGAAAACAGACACUGAACUUGAAGUUAGGGACGAAGAUCAGGGGGGAAAAGAAGAAGGCAACGCCCUUGGGGAGGUGUCGUUGUGCCAAGACAAGGGGAUGGAGACCAUUGUUGGCUUCCCUUUCCAAGAAAAAGAGAAGCGAGGAAUCAAAAGGGAGGAGGAACAACUGCAAAGAACCACCCUGAGUGAAAUAUGGGGAGAAGACAGAAAAGCUUCAUAUGCUGGACGUAGAAGGACAUCCCUAGGAGGAGAGCAUCUUAAGCCAGAAACAGGCCAGGAGUUGCUUGAACACUGGGAUGGCCAGUGGGAGGUGUUAUUGCCGACAACAGAGAUGCCUCUGCCAGAACCAGAAAACCCACAGUUGUCGGAAGAGUUGGCAACAUGGAAUGAUGCCAAGGCGUUCCUGGCCUCUUUUGAGCAAGUGGCCAAGGCCUGUCGGUGGCCAAAGGCGGAGUGGGUGCCUUGGCUCCUGCCAGCCCUCCAAGGAGACACCAGGAUGGCCUUCGAGAGCAUGGACGUUGCAGACAGAGAGGACUAUGGGAAGGUGAAGGCAGCCGUCUUGUGGACGAACACCAUGAGGAGGGAGCAGCAGCGCCAGGAUUUCAGGGGCUUCUGCUACCAGGAAGCCACGGGUCCCAGGAUGGUUUAUGGCCGGCUCCAGGAGCUCUGCUUCCGGUGGUUGAAGGCCAAGCAGCAAACCAAGGAGCAGAUCCUGGGAGACGUGGUUUUGGAGCAGUUCCUGGCCGUUUUGCCUGCGGAGAUGCGGAGCUGGGUGCGGGAACGGGGGCCAGGGAGCUGUGCCCAGGCGGUGGCCCUGGCCGAGGAUUUCAUAGCCAGACGAGACGAGGCCGAGAGGCCAAAACAACAGGUGAUGGUAAAACAGGGAUCUCUGAAUGUCUCUGUGGCUGAAGAAAUUCCAUCGGACUAUGAGCAAAAUCAAGUCUUCCAGACGGGGGAUAGUAGCAGCUCCCAGAGUCAAGGUGUGACGGGUUCAGGUGACAGGAACCAGCCAGAAGGAGAAAAGGCAAUCCAGGUAAAGAUGAACAGCAUGGAAGAAGAAAGUUCCAAGCAUAAGAAGCACAGAGAAGAGCAUCAAGCUUGUCAGGUGCCCAGGGAGCAUCAGACUUCUUCCCUGGGCGGGAAGGUGGAAAGAGGCAUCCCUUGCAAUGGUGGUGAGCCCAUUCAUAUUGCAAGUCAACAAGGAACCCAUGUAGUCAAGAGAGAGGCCGUUGACACGGUGGACGAUGGCCAUUUCCUGGACAAUUCAGAGAUUAUUGAAUUCCAGGUGAGCCACACUGGGGGCCUGCCCUAUCAAUGCUUGGACUGUGGAAAGAGUUUCAAUUACAGCACCAGCCUCGUCCGGCACCAGAGGAUCCACACCGGAGAGAAGCCGUACAGGUGUCCGGAUUGCGGCAAGUGUUUCCGCCAAAGGUCCGGCCUCACCAUUCACCAGAGAAUCCACACCGGAGAGAAAGCCUAUCAGUGCCCGGAGUGUGAGAAAAGUUUCCGUGUGAAGUCGCACUUGAUCAGACACUCCAUUGUCCACAGCGGGGAGGCGGGAGAGACGCCGUAUGUGUGCUCCGAAUGCGGGAAAGGCUUCCGCUGGAAUGCCAACCUCAUCACACACCGGAAAACCCACGCGGGGGUGAAGCCCUUUGCGUGCGCCGAGUGCGGGAAGAGCUUCUACUCCAACAUGAGGCUCAUCCGGCAUCAGCAAGUCCACGCUGGGAUCAACCCGUACACGUGUCCCAUCUGCGGAAAACGCUUCUGUGAUAGCACCGGCCUCGCCAGACACCAGAAGAUCCACACGGGAGAGAAGCCCUACGUCUGCGCCGAUUGCGGGAAGAGCUUUAACCGGAACUGGAGCCUUGUUUCACACCAAAGGAUCCACACAGGCGUGAAGCCAUUCCUCUGUAUGGACUGCGGCAAAAACUUCAGGUCCAAAUCUGAACUUCACAGGCAUUUUACGAGCCACAAGGGAGAGAAAAACGAGGAAACGGGCAAAAUGGCUAGUGAACAGAGAGUGCCACCCACACAGGCUUUCCAUUUCCCAUUUGAGGCACAACCACGUCGAGUAAAACAGGAGUCGAAUGAGGGUUCAGCCCACUGUUGGGGUUCUCCAGAGCUCUUAAAGGUGGUGAGAUGCCUCAGUCCAGACGUUGGUGGAGCCACGCCGCAGCCUUACAACAGACAAGGUCUUGGUGAGCCCGUGGAGGAGGAAACCACGAACGACGUUGCCCUGGAAAGAGAGCGCCGGCGACAACGUUUCCGGGUCUUCCACUACAGAGAUGUCGGCGAGCCCAGGGAGACCUGCCAACGCCUUUGGGAACUCUGCCGGCAAUGGCUGCAGCCGGAGAGGAGCUCCAAGGAGGCGAUCCUAGAGCUGGUGGUCCUGGAGCAAUUCCUGGCCAUCCUUCCACCGGAGAUACAGAGCCGGGCGAGGGAAAGCAGACCGCAGACUUGCUCCCAAGCGGUGGCCCUGGCUGAGGAUUUCGUGUUGAGGCAGCAAGAGGCCACAGAGAGCCAAGAAAAGCAGAUCCUGAUCCAUCAAGCACCAGUACAUCUCCCCAGACCUGAACAGGACUCUUUGAAUGUCGAGCCGGAGAAAUUUUACAAAGAGCCGAAAGAGGAGGACACAGAAGGUGCUGUCAUUGUGGGUGCAGAAUGGACUCCAGUUGGUGAGGAAGCAGAAGAGGAGCUGGAGCCGGAGGAGAAGUCGAAACUGGCAAUCCCAGGACAAGUUGGAUCGCAGCUGCCAUCUACUAAAAGACUUUCUUGGUGCUCGGAAAAUGGAGAAUUUUCAACCAUCCAGCCUGAAACAGAAGCACCAAACCAACCUGAUAAUGAAGAGGAAACUUCUGUGUCUUCCUUGGAAAGUGAUGAGGACUUUGGAAGUGGAAUGGAAGAGGAUGUCCCUAAGAGCAAAGAACAAAAUCCAUGGGCUGGAGAUGAGGAGACCUAUCAUCAGACGGCUGGCUCUGUUUCCGAUGAGGUAAUCCAAGACAGAGAAAAGCUCCACAAGUGUUUGGUUUGUGCCAAAACCUUCGCUUCUGAAUCCGGCCUCAUAGAGCACGAAAGAAUGCAUGUAGGAGAGAAGUUAUAUUCCUGUCUGCACUGUGGGAAAGGUUUCCGCACAGGCUCAGACUUCAUCCAGCAUUUGAGAACACACACCGGGGUGAAAAUCUUCAAAUGCUCGGAAUGUGGGAAGUGUUUCCGCCACACCUUUGCAUUCACCAGCCACUUGAGGAACCACAUGGGGGAGAAACCAUUCCAGUGCUUGGGAUGCGGGAAAAGUUUUGGGACCCGCUCUGAGCUCAUUCGGCACGAGAGGUCCCAUACUGGGGAGAGGCCUUACCGGUGCGCCGAUUGCGGGAGAAGCUUCUGCCAGAGUUCGCAGCUUAUCACUCACCGGAGGAUCCACACCGGAGAGAAACCCUUUAAAUGCCUUGAGUGUGGGAAGGUCUUUAGCCAGAGCUCACACCUUCACGGACACCAGAGAAUUCACGCCAUUGAGAAGCCGUAUAAGUGCGCCGAUUGUGGGAAAACCUUCAGCGGGAGGUCCCACCUCAAUCGGCACCAGAGAAUCCACACCGGGGAGAAGCUAUUCAAGUGUUUGGUGUGUGGGAAAAGCUUCUGCAUGAACUCCGACCUCAUCGCACAUGAGAGGAUCCAUUCUGGGCACAAACCGUACAAAUGCCCCGAGUGCGGAAAGGGCUUCAGUCAGAAGCAGCACUUGACCAGCCACCAGAGGACCCAUACGGGGGAAAAACCGUACGUUUGCUCGCACUGCGGGAAAGGCUUCAGCGUGAGCUCCAACCUCAAUACUCACGAGCGCACCCACACGGGCGUGAGGCCCUUCCGAUGCUCCGACUGCGGGAAAAGUUUCAGCCAGAAAUCCCACCUUGUUGGCCAUCAGAGAAUCCACACUGGGGAGAAACCUUACUUGUGCAUCAAUUGCGGCAAAAGCUUUGGCUCAAGCUCAAACCUUAUGGCGCACAUGAGGAUCCACAGUGGAGAGAAAGCCUAUACAUUUUAUUGUACUGCUAGACUGGACAAGCUCCAGAGCUUGGGAGAAAUGAAAGCCAAUUCCGAGUGUCUUUGGACCACCACAGCUGUCAUUUUGCGCCCGCCGGCUGAACCCAAGGCGGGAGGAAGAGAGGCCCGUUGGACGUGGGGGCCACCUGUGCCGCAUGGACGCUGGGGGCCCCGCCACGGGAGCAGAGGGCUGAUGCCGCACAAGGAGCUCCAAAAGUUCAGUCUGGCGGUUCAUGAUGCUGAUGAUCCGUUCCGUUCCCGCCCGGUGCCUUUCGCGGUCCUCCAGGUCUGCGCGGGCAUAAUCUUCGAGGGCCCAAAAGAUCUUCUCGGUGGCCAUCUCCAUCCGCCGGUCGGCCGCCGUUGCCAGGUCCAGGGCCAUGUCGCUCCGGGUCUUCUUGUGCCGGUUUCUGAGGUGGACGAGGCGCUCGGCGCUUUGGAGACCCGCUCUGAGCUCAUUCGGCACGAGAGGUCCCAUACUGGGGAGAGGCCUUACCGGUGCGCCGAUUGCGGGAGAAGCUUCUGCCAGAGUUCGCAGCUUAUCACUCACCGGAGGAUCCACACCGGAGAGAAACCCUUUAAAUGCCUUGAGUGUGGGAAGGUCUUUAGCCAGAGCUCACACCUUCACGGACACCAGAGAAUUCACGCCAUUGAGAAGCCGUAUAAGUGCGCCGAUUGUGGGAAAACCUUCAGCGGGAGGUCCCACCUCAAUCGGCACCAGAGAAUCCACACCGGGGAGAAGCUAUUCAAGUGUUUGGUGUGUGGGAAAAGCUUCUGCAUGAACUCCGACCUCAUCGCACAUGAGAGGAUCCAUUCUGGGCACAAACCGUACAAAUGCCCCGAGUGCGGAAAGGGCUUCAGUCAGAAGCAGCACUUGACCAGCCACCAGAGGACCCAUACGGGGGAAAAACCGUACGUUUGCUCGCACUGCGGGAAAGGCUUCAGCGUGAGCUCCAACCUCAAUACUCACGAGCGCACCCACACGGGCGUGAGGCCCUUCCGAUGCUCCGACUGCGGGAAAAGUUUCAGCCAGAAAUCCCACCUUGUUGGCCAUCAGAGAAUCCACACUGGGGAGAAACCUUACUUGUGCAUCAAUUGCGGCAAAAGCUUUGGCUCAAGCUCAAACCUUAUGGCGCACAUGAGGAUCCACAGUGGAGAGAAAGCCUAGCACAGUGCCCAACAUGGCUCAAAACAGUUGGAUGAACAAUUUUAAUCCUCUCUCUCACCUAUCUCCUUUGGUAUUUAUUUGCCAACGUUCCCAUUUAGAUGCUACCUAGAGUUUUUGGAAAUAUUAAGAAACAAGAUGUGAUAUUAUUGACAGGACAAGCACAAAAUAUUUUGCUGCUUGAGGCAAAAGACAAGGAAAUACAUUCUCCUCCAUCCAUUGCCUGGACUGGUAGCUGAAUCUGACUUCAACCCUAAGGGUGGAUUUGGGUCCUUUGCCUCACCUGAGACUCUAGGAUGAUUGUGUAUGUAUGUGUGUGUCUUUCUCACACACAAACCUCUGUCAACAAGAAGAGGGUAACAAUUAAAAUGUUGGGAGGAAAAGGUAAGAGGCUGAAUGUGCAUUUGCCACCCGAGGCCACUGUCUCACUCCGCCUCAUGGCAAGGCUGAGUAUUGUUUGGCAUGUUGAUACAUAACUGUUGCAGAUUGUUAAGGCAAUAAAGCUGUUAAUUGAA